ACCGUAAUUUUAAGGGAAAAUUACAUAACUAAUUGUUUCUCUCGACUUCUUCAUUGCGUGUCAUUGAUCAUUAAUCUCUUUUCAAAAUUGGAUUGGAGUUUGUUAUGUUAUACUUUUACGAGUAUUUUAUUUCAAUUGAAUGGCACAAAAUCCUGACAAAUAUUCGUGCUAGUGAUUUUGAACCCAUUGGCUGGUUCAAAUUCUUUGGAAUUUCGAUAAUCUUUGAUUUGAUUUCAAUCUUGGUUCAUUAUUAAUAUGAGAUAAGCAAAACAUGCCCACCACCAAUACCAGCAACCAACUCCAAUUAGAAAAAAUAGUUGGCUCUCCUCUUGAAGAGGUCAAAAGCACAAGCCUGGUUUCUCUCCAGUUCAAUGGGAUUCAUUCCAUCCACAUAAUACGGGAUCUCCAAUCACGUGUCUGCCAAUCACCAGCCCGAAACAAUCAAAUUUAUCCAAUUGCAAGAAAAGGCAGAAGAAGUCCGUUAUAAUCUGAUAAAUAUCAGUUUUUUGUUUUUAUAAAACAGGGCAAGGAUUUUGAUCUGCUUUCAUUUGUCAGAGGUAACCGACAAGGGGGGCAAGCUGCUUUCUUGUCCAACAGUUCCUUGUUCCCCGGAUCUGUUGUGUUUGCAUACUAAUAACAUCUUCAAAGAGUUUCCGAGUUCAAAGAAAUUAAGCAAAACAAUGUCAUUCACCGGAACUUUGGACAAGUGCAAGGCAUGUGAUAAGACUGUCCAUGUGGUGGAUAUGUUGUCUCUUGAAGGAGUGCCUUACCAUAAAACCUGCUUCAAAUGCACCCAUUGUAAGGGAAACCUUGUGAUGAGCACCUACUCUUCCAUGGAUGGAGUCCUGUACUGCAAGCCUCAUUUCGAGCAACUAUUCAAGGAAUCUGGCAAUUUCAGCAAGAAUUUCCAAGCAGGUAAGACACAUCUUCAAAGUCUGAGAAGCAAAAUGACCUGGACUCCCAGCAAACUUUCAUCCUUGUUCUGUGGAACCCAAGACAAGUGUGCCGCUUGCGAGAAGAUUGUGUAUCCUUUGGAGAAGGUUAACAUGGAAGGGGAAUGUUUCCACAAGUCAUGCUUCAGGUGCGCUCAUGGAGGCUGUCCUCUGACACACUCUUCUUAUGCUGCUCUGGAUGGGGUCCUCUACUGCAAGCAUCAUUUUGCUCAGCUCUUCAUGGAGAAAGGAAACUACGACCAUGUUCUCGAGGCUGCUUCACACAAGAGAAAUAACUCCUCUGCAUCUUCCGAACUUGCUGAAAAUCAAGCUGAUCUGGAAGCUGCGGUUGAUAAAGACCAAUCCGAAGAGAAAUCUUAAAAUUAACGCGCCAUUGUUUCUUAUAAUUCCCACCAUGAUUGGGUGGCGUACCUUCUCAUCAAAGUUGAAUUAAUUUCUUGUCUGAUUGUUCACAUUUUGUUUUGGAUUGGCUUGUUUAUGUAAUUGAU